CCGCGCGACGCGCUCUGUCUGCGACGCCGGGACGCUGCGGGGUGCUGUGGGCGGAGUGCUUUUGAGGUCAUCUGCACCUUCUGACCGGGAAAGAUGGUCAACGUCUUGAAAGGAGUGCUUAUAGAAUGUGACCCUGCCAUGAAGCAGUUUCUGCUCUACUUGGACGAGUCCAAUGCCCUGGGGAAGAAGUUCAUCAUCCAGGACAUUGAUGACACGCAUGUCUUCGUAAUAGCGGAGCUGGUUAACAUCCUCCAGGAGCGAGUCGGAGAACUGAUGGACCAGAACGCUUUUUCUCUGACCCAGAAGUGAACGUGAUUCUCGGGCUGCAGGCGUGCGGCGGGAGAGAGCCCAGGCGGGCCUCCGAGGGGCGUGCUCGGAAGGGGCAGAGGAUCGUGGUUCAGGGAAAAAGGCCUGGAACAGA